AUGGACAUCGAAUGGAAAGACUCCACUCCACCGACCGAGCAAGAUAAAAUUAAGAACAUCCCAUUCGCCGGUGCAACGGCCACCCUGGACAGUGACGCGCUCAAGGCUGCCACCAGGUUCUACGAGAUCGCGCGCGAUCGCCGCUCAGUGCGCAAGUUUAGCAGCCGACCCGUUGACUUGGCGAUCAUCGAACGGUGCAUCCUCGCGGCCGGAACUGGUCCGAGUCUUGGUCCUUUUGACCCCGUGGGAGGUUUGGCGAAACAACACUGCAGAAGAAAUCUGCCUGCUGAACGGCAACGAUUGAUACUCCCACAUCAGCAAUCGCUCCACAAUCAACACUGGAAAGCUCCCGGCCUAAAGACUCAGGAACCGUUGCACCACAGCAUUCUCCAAAAGUUCCAGCACGACCCACAACCAGGCACAAUCCUGGUCACGGCACCAAUAAGUCACGCAACAGUGCUGUUGUUGCGGCAGGAGCUGGAGCAGCUGUUGCCGAAGGGUGGAUUUAGGCUGCGCAAGUGGGUGUCAAACGCCACAGGGGCGUUGGCAGGGCUGGCUGCGGACGAUUUGGGUACGCAGACCACGCUCAGUUUCGACCAGGAGCAGGUGAAGACGCUGGGAAUAAACUGGCAGCCAGGGCCAGACGUUCUCGGCAUCGAUGUCACGGGUUUGUCCGUGAAUGGGCAAUGGACCAGACGGAAGGUCUAUUCGGUCAUUGCCCAACUUUGGGAUCCAACUGGGAUCACUGCUCCGGUCAUUUCGUGGGCCAAGAUUCGAAUGCAGCUGCUGUGGGUCGCGACUCAAGGCUGGGACGACCCAUUGAGACCGGAUUUGGCCGGGAGGUGGACUGAGUUCUACCAGCAGUUGCCGGAGUUGUCGAAGAUUUCGGUCGACAGGUGCGCUUUCGUGGAAAAUCCGGUCCAUGUCGAGUUUCACGUGUUCGCGGAUGCGUCCGAAGCGGCUUACGGAGCGUGCAUCUACGCUCGAUCGAUCAGCCAGUCGGGGCUGGUCAAAAUUUCGCUGUUGGCGGCCAAGUCACGCCCCGCAGGGUUGAAAAAGGUCACCCUGGCGAGGUUAGAGCUGUGUGCAGCUUUGAUGGCAGCAAGGCUGUACCGGAAGGUCGUGCAAGCCCUCAAGAUGGAGGGCACGGAGAGUUGGUUCUGGUCGGACUCGACAGUCGUGCUGGCGUGGCUGAGAUCACCGUCGUACGUGUGGCCCACGUUCGUUGCGAACCGAGUCUCGCACAUCCAGGAGUUGACGAAAGGGCAUCGCUGGAACCACGUCAAGGGGACUGAAAACCCAGCGGAUCUCGUUUCCCGUGGAGUCAUGCCGAAAGAUCUCGUUGGAUUGCGGCUGUGGUUCUACGGUCCGAAGUGGUUGGAGUCCUUCGAGGAACACUGGAGCAGAAUGAAGCAUUUGGAGGUCGACGAGCCUGCUGAAGAGUUGCUGGAGAAGAAGAAGAACGUGCUGAUCGUGUCUGCUUCCCCGGAACCUCACCCGCUCAUCGAUCGCUACGGCAGUUACUGGAAGCUGCUGAGGAUUACGGCGUACUGCGUGAGGUUUGUCCGGAGAUGUCAGCGUCGCAAGCAGCCCUCUAGAACCCCAUUUCUCACCGUUGGAGAUUUGAAGGAGGCAAAGUUCGCUCUCGUGCGCGGCGUGCAGCAGGAACCCUUCGCCGCGGAGAUCAAGGCGCUCGCAAACCAUCGACUCGUUCCGGCUCACUCGUCGCUGAAGCUGCUCAACCCGUUUCUCGACCAGCAGGGCAUUCUGCGCGUUGGUGGCCGGCUUGGACUCGCAGGCGAAGCGUACUCUACCCGACACCCCAUGAUCCUUCCCAGCAGCAACGUUUUCACGCGACAAAUGGCGGUCGCGUAUCACGAAACCUCGCUCCACUCUGGCCCCCGUAUGACGCUCGCUCAAAUUCGGCACGAAUUUUGGCCAUUGAACGGCAAACAAUUGGCAACUUACACUUUUCGCAACUGUGUGCGCUGUUUCCGUACCAACCCUGUCCCUGUAAAGCAACCCCCUGGUCAACUCCCAAAACCUCGAACAACCCCCUCUCGCGCAUUUACCGUCACCGGCGUAGACUAUUGUGGCCCUGUCUACCUGAAGCCCGUACACCGUCGAGCAGCUGCGCAGAAGGCGUACAUCGCAGUCUUCGUGUGCUUCAGCACAAAAGCGGUCCACCUGGAGCUGGUGGGAGACUUGACCACCGCUGCGUUUCUUGCUGCCCUGCGUCGUUUUGUUUCUCGCCGAGGGCUACCGUCCGAGAUCCACUCGGACAACGGUCUCAACUUCCAGGGAGCAAGCAACCACCUGCGCGAGCUGUACGAGCUGCUUCGAGACACCAAGGUGAUCACGGAGAUCACCAGCGAAGCGUCCCGCCGUGGGAUCGAGUGGAAGUUCAUCCCGCCGAGAGCGCCGAACUUCGGCGGCCUAUGGGAGGCGGCCGUGAAGUCGGCCAAGACAUCGCUCGUCCGUGUGCUGGGUCAACGACAACUCACCUUCGAGGACAUGGCGACCGUCCUCACCCAGAUCGAAGCGGCCAUGAAUUCGCGCCCGCUUACCCCGUUGUCGGAGGACCCAGACGAACUGGACGUGCUCACGCCCGGGCACUUCCUCGCCGGAUCGUCGCUGCUAGCGAUUCCGGAUCCGGACUACACUGACGUUCCCACGAACCGGCUGCAACACUACCAGCAAUUGCAACAGCUGGUGCAGCAACACUGGAAGCGGUGGAGGCGGGAGUACAUCUCGCAGCUCCACAACCAGAACCAGAAAUUCCCGCGAGCAACCCAGCUGAAGGCCGGGCAGAUGGUGGUCCUCAAGGAGGACAACAAGGCGGCAAUCGAGUGGCCCCUCGCGCGGAUCGUUGAGGUCUACCCAGGCCCCGACGGCGUCGUCCGCGUCGUGAAGCUGCGUUUGCCGAACGGUGCGGUCUACAAGCGGCAGUCCGCACGUAUCUGUUUGCUGCCGUUCGAGAAGGACUCGGCGGUGCAGCUCACGAGCGCCUUCAACCCUCAACCGACACAAGGCGCAGCGUAG